UUCUGAAUACAGCUUUUCCCGCCAAAAGAAAAGAAAAAAAAAACCGCCAAUCGCAAUGGCUGCGCGAAGAGCUCGCUUUGCCGCCUGCUGGGCCCUCCCCGCGACGUUGGCCGCAGCGACCGCGCGUGUGGUGUCGCUUGGCUCGGCACGCGCUGCAGUGCACACGACUGUCGCAUCGCCGGCAGCAGCAUCAGCAGCAGCAUCAGCAGCAGUAGUGACGGACGCCGUUCCCGCCACAGCGUCGGCGGCCGACUCGCCAAGAUGCUCGUCCUGCUCGCACCCAGUUCCGCGCGCCGCCCAGCUCGAGCGGCUUCGCAAGCAACAACAGCAACAACAGCAACAACCACGUCAACCACAGCAGCAGCAGCAGCAAGCAGCUCCCAACGCUUCUUCACAUGCACAUGGCCCAAAGCUGCCAUUGCACCGCUUCAAGACCGCCGCCGUCCCUGCCGCCGCUGCCGCCGCCGAGCCCAAGUUUAAUUCAAAGAGCACGUUGAGCAGUGGCAGCGGCACCAGCGGCGUGAGGCCUGGAAGCAGCGUUGCGCCGUUUGAGUUUGCGCCGUCGACGCCACAAAGCAAGACGUCCGCCUCGCCAACCACGACUCCCACUACCACUACCACUACCACUCCCACUACAUUUGUCAAGGAUGCAAGCAGCAGCGCCAUUAUCGCCGCAGUGCGCCCGGUGGCGACCGUCGAACCCGCACCGCCGUCGUUCUACAAGCGACCGCUGCCCGAGCAGCUGGUGCCGUUCUCAUCGGCGGAGGGCCGCACGCUCUUCCGGGAAGCACUGGCAGGCGGAUACAUGGAGGGCUACUUUCCACUCGCCGAGCAGUACACGACGCAGAGCGAGCCGUCGUUCUGCGGUCCAGGCACGCUCGCAAUGGUCUUAAACGCGCUCGCGCUCGACCCCAACAGAACUUGGAAGGGACCCUGGCGAUGGUACACGGAGGAGCUGCUCGAGUGCUGCAUGCCGCUGGAGCACAUGAAGGCGCUCGGACUGCAGUUUAUGGAGUUUGCCAGUCUGGGCAGAUGCCACGGCGCCCGCGUUCGUGAUUUCAGCGCCGACUCGUCCAGCUUGGCCGAGUUCCGCCAGCAUGUCCGGGCUGUCUCGCGUGGCGAGCUGUAUCAUGGGGAAAACCAGCAUUUGGUGGUCUCAUUCGACCGGCAAUCGCUGGGCCAGACGGGCAUCGGACACUUUUCGCCGCUCGCUGGCUACCACGAGCAGUCUGACUCUGCGCUCGUGCUCGAUGUGGCACGGUUCAAGUACCCGCCGUACUGGGUUUCCAUCGAGGUGUUGUGGAGGUCUAUGCUGGUCCAUGAUCCCACCACGAACAAGUCGCGCGGUUACUUUUUGCUUUCCAAGCUCCCGGUCGCCGUGUCCUGCCCGCGGCGCAUUCGCAGCUGGGUGGAUCACACCCAUCGACCUGGCUCUACUACUACUACUGCUUCCACUUCUUUUCCGUCUGAUGCCAGCUCGGGCCAGGCUACCAGUGGUGAGACUGCGAACAACAGCAGUUCCAAUUCACCCAGUGCGCCACCGCUGCCAGGGAUGACAGCCAGCAAUAAGGCUGCCAAGACCGGGUCUUGCGGCUUCCGUACGCCAGAUACUGCCAAUGUGAAUGUCAACCAGCAGUAGAUGUGCGCGUGUGGAUUGUGGGCAAGAAAGCGACCAAAAAUGGCACCAGUUUCUUUUGCAAUUUUUUCUCUCUUUUCUCUCUUCUUAACUUUCGUUUUCCAUUCGCUUUUUUUUUCAUCUUAACACGCUUCUUUAAUAUUCGAACGAAGCUUCAGUCCCCCUCCCCCACAUGUUCCAACGGUCUUCUUGUUCGACACUCUUUUUGAUUUGCGUUCUGCUGGCUUUUUCACUCUCUCGCUGCAUAGUUGCCUUCCCACCGCCCGUGUCAUCGCCAGCGUGCGUUACAGCGGUUGGUGGGAAGGACGAUUUGCUGCCUGAGGAUUGACCGCAGAAUCAAUCAUUGGCGGUUGAGCUUGUUGGUUUUUGGCAACGUUGGGUUUUGCUUUGGGGUUUUGUUGUUGUUAUUGUUGCUACUCUUUGUGCGAGGGGCUCGAUGU